AUGGUGGACCGCUACGUCGCCUUCAUCUACAUCGGCUCCUUCACUAUGGACAAGAAUGGCCAGGCAUCAUACCUGCAUCACAUCACGAAGCUGCCGCCCGGCAAGACGGAGACCGACUUUGCCAUGGCCAUAGAGACCGCAGUGCAUUUCUAUCUCAUCAUGUACGGCAUGGGCGAGCGGCUGCAGGAUGAAGGCUUGAUGGAUAUAGCCCACGCCAAGAUGGCUGAGGACCUGCUAUGCGAGAGCCCAAUGCCGCUCCUUCUAGUUACACAAAUCGUGGGCUGGGUGUACGGGACCAAAGAGAAGAUUUGCCGGGACGAGAAGCGAGAGCUUGGGAAUCUAGCGGUGGCUUGCGUCCUGAGAUACGUGAAGCUCAAAUUCUGGACUGUAUCUCAAACCAGCGUCUUCACUGCUGCAGUGGCACAGCAUGGAGUGUUUGUUGCUGAGAUGAACGUCGCAGGUCCUCUCUCGAAAGAACUCGAGAAGAAGUGGCCGAAUGUCAAGAAGCGAGAACACAAUGACGGACAGGCUUCUAAAAAGCAGGUGACGUAG